AUGUUAGAAAGCAUCAAACUUUUGUACUUAUGCACAGCAAUUCCUUUAGGUUACGUACUUGAAGCCAAUGUGCCAUAUUUGUCAGCUGAAAAUAAGGAAUCAGGCGUGGUAAUUGAUAAAGUAAAUGAUAGAUGCAUGAACUUGAAUUUUUUCACAGUUUGUGAAUAAUUAAACACUGAGUAAUCAUGUAAACUGGGAAGUUGUUUAUGGGAUCCAAUCGAAGAACGAUGCUAUGAAUGGCAUUAGGCUCCUUGUUAGAGUUAUCCAAAAGCAUUAUGCUAAUGGAAUUACUAGUGUGAAUUAGUAAAUCAAACUCAAGUGCUCUAUUUGAAUUAGAAUUACACUUUAAUGAAUGAGGUGGACAGUAACUAAUAGGAUGGAAGGAAUGUUGGAUCAUGGUUAUAUGAAUUUGGAUUAAUAGUUGGUGUAAUAAAGAGUGAAAAAGACAAAGAAGAGUAUAAUUUCACAAAGUGUACAUUGAAAGCAAGAUGUGAGUUCAUUUAGAUUAUAAAUUAUAAUAAUGCUCAUUUUGAAUGUGGGAUUUCCGAUUUGAAUUGUUACUAUGAUGAAUAGGAAGGUAAAUGCAAGAAGAUAAGUGCAAAAACAGCUUGUGAGUUAAUUAGAUAAGUAGAAAAAUGCAACAGUGGAACUGCACCAUGCAUUUGGAUUGAUCAAAAAUGUUAAAUGUUUAAUGAUGCAGUUGUUUCUUGCACUGCACUUGAUUAAAACAGAUGCUUAAAUAAUGAAAAUUGUUACCUUGAGGACACCAAAUGUAUGUCUUAUUUAAGUUGUUCUGAUUACAAAGCGAAAAUUAAAUGCGAUGAAUCCACAUUUUUUUGCUAUUUCGAUGAGUAUGAAUAAUCAUGUAAACAAUUGACAAAACAUAUUCAAUGUAAGUAGAUUGGCAAAAAGAGGUGUAGUCAAUUUAAAAAUUGUAAAUUCAAUGAAGACACUUAAAUUUGCGAAGAAAUUCUUCAAGAUUUUUAUUGUUAGAAAUUUGCACACUCAAAUUGUAAAGACAAUAUUGAUUGCGAUUGGGAUGACAAUUUAUAAAUAUGCAAUUGGAAAUAUUCAACUUAAAAUUGUGAUGGUAAAACAGCUGAUAGUUGUGAUACUUUGGAUUGCUACUUUGAUGAAGUUAUGAAUCAAUGUUCUACCAUCAAAACAAAUACAAAUUGUGAAUUUCUAGGUCAAAAUGCUUGUAGUAAUCAAAAAAUAAUCAAAGAUAAUAUGUGCUAAUGGUCAGAGACCAGAAGCUUAUGUUUGGCUAUCUUUGAUUUUAGUUGUGAAGAUCUAAAUAAAGAUUUUUGCAAACUUAAUCAAAAGUGUUUCAUUGUCUAAAAUAAAUGUCAAACAAGAAAAUAAUGCAAAGACAAUGCAUCAAAAUCAGAGUGCGAAUAAGAUGCAACCUAAUCAUGUUAUUUCGAUUCUGAUCAAUAAAUAUGUAGAAGAGUUACAAGCUAAACUGCUUGCAAAGAUAUAUUGAGAGAAGAUUCUUGUAAGAAAGCCAUUUGCUCUUGGUAAGAUGGAUAUUGCGUAAGCAUUGAAAAUGUGACUUGUUUAAAACUAGAAACAAAAAAUUGCAUGUAUUCAAGCAAAUGUUAACUACAAAAUGAUAAAUGCAUUCCAUUAGAUAUUUGUGAAACUAACAAUGGAGAUAGCCAAACUUGCAAUUCAGAUCCAAACCAUUGCUUUUAUAAUUCAAAUUCAAAAAUAUGCAAAUCCAUAGAUGGUACUAGUGAUUGUAGUCUAUUGUACGGAGCAGAUAAUUGCUUUUACGGCCCAUGUACUCUAUUGAAAUUGGCCAACAAAAAGUUAUAGUGCAUCCAAUUUGAAUAUGCUGGUUGCACCUUAUUGACAAAGGAGUAUUGUCAUUUUGGAUAAUGUGCUUGGAAUGAGACCUAAUGUGUUUCAUAUCCUGUUGUUAUUGAAGAUGAGCCUUAAGAUAAUCCAGAUGCUAAACCAGAUGAAACUGAACACCCUCAAGCAGUUAAUUCAACAUACUUACAUAUUUUAUUAAAUCUAUUGGUAAUCAUUUUAGAAUGA